AUGCUCCGGAGGCCGUGUUUCUUUGGUCCAUUGAGCAUCGUGACCAGACUAUGCUGCUUGGGGCCGGCAGCUCAGGAAGGAGACAACCCCCAAAUUGACGCUUUGGAAGGUUUUGCAGAGAACUUAGACGAUCCGGCGUCAAGCCAUGGGCACCCUCAGCUGCAAAAGCACGAGCCUCCCAAGAAAUUCUUGCCCCAGACGACUUUACAACACCGAAACAUCGCGAAAACAAUGCGCACCAGGUGGCCUGGAGCGCAUGGCGUCACUUGCCUCAGCUGGCUCCCAUUCCAGAGGUUUCAUGAAAUUUCUCCACAUCGGAGCUUCAACCCUCUGCUGCUUUUGGUUCCAGGCGAGUGCGUGGAAGAUCGGAAGCGGACAGACACUCGGCUUAGAUCCGAGCUGCUUUGA